CGGGAAGAGAAUCAGAAGAUGAUCUUAAUUUUUUAAACCAUUAUUUCCUACCAAGAAUGAGGAAAAAAAAAGAUUCCUUCAAUGAGGAAAAGAACAACAAGUGAGUACUUGCAUUAUUAUUAUCCUUAUUGUCUAUGAGAUUUGUGCUAAUCCCUCACAAGAGCAACCAUGAUAUGCAUAUCUAUAUAAAAUAAUACUGCUUUCUUUGCGAAUAUUUCUACAAAUGGUUUUGGACAUCAAAACUGAAAUAUAAAGCUUCAAUCUGUUUAAAAAUCAAUGCAUUACAAACAAAACCAUAUUGAGUGAAAUGAGUAAAUUUCCAUGUCAAUAUUGACUCAAAAUGGAGUGGGAAUUACAUUGAUGUCACACUUGUCAACUACUCUUUUUGAGGACUAAUUUGGAAAUGUUUAUUGAAGUUUAAUGUUAAUCUUGAAAGAAUUAAUUUUGAUCCUCGUCUUUUCCGUCCCUCCCAAAACUUAAAACCACUACUAAACCCAAAAAGUGAAACAAAAACCAAACACAUUUCAAAUUUCCCUUCAUUUUAUCCGACGAAAUGUUACGAGUUAUCCAUCUUAAACGCUCUCUCCGACCACUCCUCCGGAAUCCCACCACCGUACUCCGCCGUUGCUCCACCGUCUCCAAUCCUCCUCCUCAACCUCCACCUCCACCUCCUCCAAUUCCGCCUCCAUCCGCAUCCUCAUCCUCCACCGAUUCUGAAAUCCGGAAAUACAUCGGAUACACUCUCCUUGUCCUCGGCUGCGGUGCGGCCACUUACUACUCAUUUCCAUUUCCGGAAGACGCCAAGCACAAGAAAGCACAGCUCUUUCGUUACGCCCCAUUGCCGGAAGACCUGCAUACGGUCUCCAAUUGGAGCGGGACCCAUGAGGUCCAGACCCGGAAUUUCCUUCAGCCUGAAUCAUUGGAACAGCUUGAGGAUGUGGUGAAAAAAGCCCAUGAGAGUAAGCAGAAGAUUAGGCCGGUCGGUUCGGGUCUAUCCCCGAAUGGGAUCGGGCUGACUAGAGCUGGGAUGGUGAAUUUGGCUUUGAUGGAUAAGGUUUUGGAAGUGGACAAGGAGAAGAAGUUGGUUAGAGUGCAAGCUGGUAUAAGGGUUCAGCAACUUGUUGAUGGGAUUAAGGAUUAUGGGAUUACAUUGCAGAAUUUCGCUUCCAUCAGGGAACAGCAAGUCGGUGGCAUUGUUCAGGUCGGUGCACAUGGUACUGGUGCCAGGUUGCCUCCUAUUGAUGAGCAAGUUAUCAGCAUGAAAUUGGUCACUCCUUCAAAGGGAACCAUAGAAAUUUCAAAGGAAAAAGACCCAGAACUCUUUUAUCUGGCUCGUUGUGGACUUGGUGGCCUUGGCGUAGUUGCUGAGGUUACUCUUCAGUGCGUUGAGAGGCAGGAGCUUGUAGAACAUACAUUUGUCUCUAACCUGAACGAGAUCAAGAAGAAUCACAAGAAAUUUUUGUCUGAGAACAAGCAUGUGAAAUAUCUGUAUAUUCCUUAUACUGACACUGUCGUGGUUGUAACUUGCAAUCCUCUUUCUAAAAAGAAAGGUCCACCUAAGUUCAAGCCUAAGUAUACCAAUGAAGAAGCUAUACAACAUGUACGAGACCUCUACAGAGAGUCACUCAGCAAGUACAGAGCUGCAGUAACUGCCACUGAAUCUUCGGAUCAAAGUGAACCAGACAUAAACGAGCUUUCCUUUACAGAACUGAGAGAUAAAUUGCUGGCUCUAGAUCCUUUGAACAAAGACCAUGUCAUAAAAGUCAACCAAGCAGAGGCUGAGUUCUGGAGGAAGUCGGAGGGUUAUCGAGUAGGUUGGAGUGAUGAAAUUUUGGGCUUUGAUUGUGGUGGCCAGCAGUGGGUAUCGGAAACCUGUUUCCCAACUGGAACACUGUCUAAACCCAGUUUAAAGGACUUGGAAUACAUGGAAGAGUUAAUACAGCUGAUAGAACAAGAAAAUUUACCUGCUCCUGCACCCAUAGAGCAGAGAUGGACAGCAUGUAGCAAAAGUUUAAUGAGUCCAGCUUAUAGCUCAUCAGAGGAUGAUAUAUUCUCUUGGGUCGGCAUAAUCAUGUAUCUUCCUACCAUGGAUGCUCGUCAGCGGAAACAAAUAACUGAGAAAUUCUUCCACUACAGGCGUUUGACUAUUAAACAUUUAUGGGAUCGUUAUUCUGCUUAUGAACACUGGGCUAAGAUUGAGGUCCCCAAGGACAAGGAAGAACUUGCAGCUCUGCAAGCGAGACUACGAAACCGGUUUCCAGUUGAUGCAUACAACAAAGCAAGAAGGGAGCUGGAUCCUAAUCGCAUCCUCUCCAACAACUUCCUGGAGAAACUCUUUCCCUCAUCAGACUCGGUUUGAAACAUCAUAGCUCCCUUGGAAUCAAUAUUUUUAUUUUCUUCGGUCUGAUUCAGAUUACCCUGCUUUUGUUUUUGGGCAUGAUUAACAAUCAUAUGCUGAGUUGUACAUGAUAUUGCAAAAGCUUGAUCGGCCAUGCUAUGUAUAAUGACUAGGAUCUAUCAUGAUUGAAAUUUGGUCAUUUUUACAUGAAAUUUUCAGUGUGUGCUGCACAAGUUUUUGUGAUCUUUUGGCCCGAGUGAAGAAAGUAAGAGAGUUGGAAGAGGAGGGAUCAAUAGAAAUCAGAAUUCCAUUAUUGACUGCAUACUAAAAUUACAUAACAAAAUAUAUAUAUAAAAUUCUUAAAAGGUGGCUAAACAUCAAAAUAUAUGUUUACAUCACGAAGGAAAAUAGACCAGAAAGCAUUAUACAAAUCCAGCUUCAACCAGAACAACAAACACACACUGAUAAAAACUCCCAUCCAGUUCAAUCAAAAGCACAUGUCACAGAUCCAGCAGCAACAUAGUGCAAACAGGCUGCAGAAAAAAAAACAAACAACAAAAACCCUCAUCAGAUCAACUGAAGUAGUUAAUAUCACUUAUCACAAACAGGUUAAACAGUCCAAUUUCCGAAGCGAAUUGAAAACAAGUGAAAAGACUUACCAUCCUUCAAUGAAACCUCUGUCUCCCUUAGGCUUGGACUUUGACAUGAACUUGUGCUUCUUCUUCUCCGUAACUGGAGGGUUCUCAGUUGGGUAACCUGAUUUAAUUAACAAAACAAAGUUCGUAAAACAAGAUUAGCAACUACUAAUAAUUGAACUUAAAAUCAAAAAUAAUUCUUGAGAUACAAGAAUAAUUGAGGAUCAAGGAACAUACCAGCAGGAGGUUGUUGGUUUUGUGCCUGAUAUUGAUCCAUAUUUGCAAAAGAAGAAAACAAGCAGGACCACUGAUCAAAGAGGAAUCUAAUAAUCCAAUAAUAAGAUGAUUAGAGUUUUAUGUGAAGAAUACAGUAUGUUGAGUCUUGAUGAUGUAUUGGGGUAACAGGAAGGUUGAAGGAGGCCUUAUUUAUACACAUUCCAUAUGUACGCGGAAUCGCGUGAUAAGAGUCGGUUAACUGGAGUUGGAGCUGGAUGGAUGUUUCCUCGGGUUUUUUUUUUUUUUUUUUU